GCUCCCUCAGCUGUCAGUGUGAAGGUGUGCGUGGUUGUGCUUCAAUCAUAGUGACAUGGGCUGUUUAAAGUGUUGUUUGGCCCUAGUAUUUGUUGUGUUAGCAUGUGUCUUUGCAUCAAGCAGUCCAGAGAUACCAAAUACUGAUGAUACCAAACCACUAUGGAAUGCCACCUGGACAGAUAAGCUGAAGCGUAAGCUUUUAACACAUUAUGACAAGUUCUCAAGACCUGCACAGCACACUAAUGCAACUGUUGUCAAGAUGGUAUUAACUUUCCGACAUAUUGAACUUGAUGAGUUAAAAUCAGUGAUGACAGUGUAUGGCUGGAUGAGAAUGAUAUGGACAGAUGAGAAACUGAAGUGGAAUAAAACAGAAUGGGGUGGACUCCAUGAGCUACAUUUAGCUGAUCAUGAAAUUUGGCAGCCAGAUAUUAUCCUUUACAACAGUGCGUCAGGAUCAAGUAUCGAUCAUUACGGGAAUUCUCAUUGUGUUGUGUUUCCAACUGGAGAAGUCAUCUGGGUACCCCCUGCACAGUUUCUUGUCUUCUGUGAUCUUGACCUUCGUCUGUGGCCAUAUGAUACACAGACCUGUCAUUUAACACUUGGCUCUUGGACUUAUGAUGGAGAUCAAGUGGAUCUGCAACUUGGUGUACCAUUUGAUGGUUUUGAGGAGUUGCAGAUGGACCUGUGGAAUACAAAUUCUGAAUGGCAGAUAGUGGAUGUAAAAGGAAAUCGAGCUGAACAGUAUUACUCAUGUUGUACAGAACCAUACAUUGACAUCACAUACAACAUCACUCUCCGUCGACAAUCUCCUGCUUACUCUGCCAUUGUGAUCACACCAGCUGCAGCAAUUGUUCUGAUGACACUGGCAGGAUUUUGGUUACCUCCAAAUGCAGGAGAAAAGAUUUUGCUCAACGGUUGUACAGCAAUAAUUAUAUGCCUGUUCCUGCUGUAUUUUUCUCAGAAGUUACCUGCAAUGGCAGGAAACACACCAUUAGUAGUGCUCUUUUACAGUAGCUCACUGCACCUUGUGAUUUUGUCACUGGUGGUGACUGUUGUUGUCCUAAACCUAUCACGCAAUUGCUACAGCAUUCCAGUUCCAUGGGUGUUGCAAUCAUUGCUCCUUGGUUGGCCAGGCAGAAUGUUAGGGCUACAUCACAUUGUCUUGCUGGUACCAUCAACAGAAGACCGCCAUGAGAGCUGUUCAGGAAUGGAAGACAGCAGCAUUGAAGCCUCAAGUAGCGGGGGCAAUGUGAGCAUUGGUGAUGACAGCCGACGUGUUCUGACACGUACAUCCUCACAUCGACGCCAUCAAGUUAACUGGAUUCUUCUAGCAAUAGCUAUUGAUCGCUUGUGCUUUCUGCUCUACUGUCUAUUGUUCAUCAUACUUGCAACAGUGUACUCUGUGUAGUGUGGAAUCUUCACAUCGGUAAUGUGACUAUUUUGUCUUGCAGUGGCCAGUGUCAGCUAUGGGAAAAUGAGUUCUCACAAACAGUUUACCCAGUACAAAUAUAAACUGUGUGUUUACAGAGAUAGUGUGUCUCAAACAUUUUGAAUUUCAUUCUCAAAUUCAUAAUUAUUCGCUUGUGUCUAUGAGCACCUGCCUUCAAACAGUCUUUGAAUAUAUUUCACUGCUAAUAGUGGUACUUGUUUGUUGCAUUAACUUAACAAAUACUGAAAUUCAGUGUUGUGUAUUAUUGUGACUGUUUCAUUACAUCUGUGCUUGGAUGCAGGUAAUUCUGCUCAUCCAGAUACUGCAACUUUCAUGCCAUUCAUACAACAGUGAAUUCAGAAGAAAUCAGACUUGUGACUGCUGCACUACUGAACAGUUGGCAUUCUGGUCCGAGCUGGCGGAGAUGGCAGUCACGUGCAUGAGGUGUGCUUGCUUGUGUGAAUGAAAUUUGUGUGUAUGUGUGUGUGUGUGUGUGUGUGUGUGUGUGUGCGCACUUCUUUUUCUGAUAAAGGCUGUGGGUGAAAGCUAAUAUGUAAGUGUCUCCUAUUUGUGCCUGUCUGCAACUUAAAGUGUCAUCUUUACGGCAAGUAGCAAUCUGUCUUUUCCUUACAUUGUUUGUUACUCAACUGAAACUUCUCUCCAACCCUUCCUACCUCUCCCUGCCACAUUUUCUCUCCCCAGUCACUACACCCUAUCCCUCCCCCCUUUUGAGAUGCAGUGUUACCAUAACAUUUGUCAGCUAGAACAGUGCAAUCAUGAAGUGAUAAAUACAACAUCAGAUUUAAUAAUUCUAAGUCCUAUGAUUAGUCAUGAGAGAGCAAACAGGACAAGGAUUUAUAAAUAAAAUACAGAAAAGGACACACAAAUACAAGCAUAAAGACAAGAAUAGAUUAAGUAAAUCGCACAUAGCGAAAGAAAUGUGAAUCUGAAGUAGAUGGGCCAUAUUUUUCAAAUUUUUUGUAAAGGUUAAAUGUGUAUUACUCACUUGCAGAGCCAGUUCUAACAUAGGAAAAGCUGUACAUCUCAGUCCUAAACGUCACGCAACUUAUUGAGGAUGGCUUUUAAAACCAGAGAAUUACAGGAGUAGCUUUUAUCGAUCUUUUGGCUACUUAUGACACUCUCAGUCAUUGUACAUUUUCUACGUGAUAACCAAAGAUUAAGUUUUCAACAAACUUAUUCAAAGUUUAUUUCAAAGCAGGAGAUUUUAUGGCAACUUCCAAGAUCAGCUUAGUCACUGGAGAUGUCAAAGAAAUGGUUUACCACAAGGAAGUGUUCUUCCACCAAUAUUAUUUAACACCUAUAAUAACGACCAAUUCCCUCCAGUAAACACAAGGAGUUCCAUUAGUGAGUCAAAGGAAAUCUUUUGAGGGUGUUGAAGCCUAUCUGGCUGACUGCAAACCAACAUCACAUGGUAAGAGAUUCAGUUAGUAAAUACGCUCCAUCCUGAACAUCUGGGAGUCACUCUGGAUGGUACUCUGAUGAACAAGCAGCAUUGUGAGAAUAUGAGAAUGGGGGAAGAAACCAGAAAUAAUACCCUUUGCAAGAUCACUGGUAGUACAUGGAGGUCUUGACCACAAACCCUGGGAACUCUGGCAACUUCUUACAGUGCUGCAAGGUAUGUGCACCCAGUCUGGUGCAAAUCUAUCCAUGCACGCAUAGUUGACAAGUACAAAACAGAACAUAUAGACUUGUUACAAGCUGUUUGAAACCAAUACCAUUUGUAUAACUCUUCCAGCCUGCAGGCACAGCACCACCAGAUACUCAUCACACAGCAGUUGCCAGCAUGGAGAGAAAAAAUCAAGGUCAUCAGGAAAACCAUUUAUUACAUAGGAAAGUUCGAGCAGCCACAAGGUUGAGGUCCAGAAGAAGUUUCCUCAAGUCCACUUCAGUCUUUCAAACAACAGCAGCUACAGCAAGAAAACAAUUGUGGAUUUCUUGACUCGAGAACAACACUAUCUCCCCUCUCCCUUCAUAUUAAAGUCACUCAAGAGCUUUUGUUCUGGAGUUGGAAGAUCAGCAGUAAUCUCCAGGAAUGGCACUCACCUGUGAACACCAGCAACUAUGACAGAGGCGAAGCAAAGACCACAAAACACAUACUGGAGUGUUAACUGUGCCUUGUGUCUCGUACAGAAGAUCUGCUUGCAACUCCAAGUGCGAUUGAAGUAGCAAGAUUUUGGUCACAAGUAAUGCAGCUUGAUAAUUCUUUCUUUCAUUUGCUUUUAAUGGUAAUAACCACGUAUUCUAUUCGUUUCUGAUUCAAAUAUAUAUAAGUACUAUUUUAGACAGCUGGAAGAAGAUCAUGAAAUGGAGUUCCAUGGAGCGCUAUCUGACGCUCAUUCAGGGAAAGGUGUACAAGCAAACUAUUUUCCAAUUUUUUUCACACUCAGCAUGUAUUUUUUCAUUCCCGAAUCACUGAGUUUUAACAAAUAAAAUCUGAAAAUAUUUGCUGUAGAGAAGGUAUUAAAACACAUAAAUGAUGUGGUCUUCAAUCCAAAGAACAGUGUGGAGCAGGUCUCCACAGUAGUCUAUUCCGUGCAAGCCUCUUCAUCUCUGUAGGACUACUGCAAUCUAUAUCCCUUAGAACCAGCUUACUGUAGCCAUACCUUGGUCUCCCUCUACAGUGGAACCCAUGCACUUCCCUCCAUUAUCUAAUUGAUGAUCCCUUGAUGCCUCAGUAUCUCUUAUCAACCAGUCCCUUCUUUUAGUCAAGUGGUGCCAUAAAUUUCUUUUUUCCUCAGUUCUGUUCAGCACCAACUUAACAAUUACCCAAGUUAGCCAUUUAAUCUUCAGCUUUCUUUUGUACCACCACAUUUCAAAAGCUUCUGUUUUUUGCCUGAACUGUUUAUCAUACACUUCUCACUUGUGUACGAGAGCACUCUCAUCUCAUUUCUGCACAAGAGUACUCUCACAACAAAUACCUUGAGAAAAGCUUCCUAACAUUUAAUUUAUGUUUCACAUUAAUAAAAUAGUCUUUUUCAGAAAUGCUUGUUCUGUUGUUAUCAGUGUGCAUAUUAUACUCUCUCUACUUUGGCCAUUAUCAGUUAUUCUGCAGCAAAAACAACAAAACUCAUCUACUACUUUUGGUACCUCAUUUACUAAUAUGAGCUGUGAUCUAAAAGUAA